UUUAAGAUAAAUCUACGCAUUUCUUCAACCAAGACAAGAAACCGAAUGUAUUGCAUUUGCAUACAAUCAAAUCUCAUCCAAUUUUUAACUCACCAUCAUAUUCAUAUUUAUAUGUAUUAGCCAAACUCCCAACACAAAAUCUCUGUGCACAAAAUCAAUCAUCAUCAUAUAUAUAUGGUUGAAAAAGAGUAUACACUUACUAAUAAAAAUAGAAUGAACGAUGGAAUUGUGCACAAGGCUCUCUCCAGCCUCGGCAAAGGCUUCGAUUUAUCGUCGGAUUUCCGGCUCAAAUACUGCAAGGGCGACGACCGCCUCGUCCUCCUCAACGAGUCCGACACCCGGGAGCUUCGCGUCCCGGGCUUUGGAUCCUUAGCUGACGUGUCCAACGACAUAAAAUGCGACAAGGGUGACCGUACGAGGUACCAGACCGACAUCCUCGACUUCAAGCAGAUGUCGGAAUUUUUCAACCAGAAAAGCUCGGUGCCGGGGAAGAUCCCGUCCGGGCUUUUCAACUCGAUGUUCGGGUUUCAGAGCGGGUCGUGGGCUGUGGAUGCUUCGAACACGAAGAAUUUAGGGCUGGAUGGAUAUUACAUGGUGCUGUUUACACUUCAUAUUGAUCGGUAUCCGUUGAUUCUUGCUGAUCAAGUAAGAAAUGCAGUUCCUUCAAAGUGGGACCCAGCUGCUCUUGCCAGAUUUAUUGAAAAAUAUGGUACUCACAUAAUUGUGGGGCUGAGCAUAGGUGGAGAGGAUGUGGUGUUAGUAAAGCAAGAGAAAUGUUCAAACAUGGAGCCAUCACAGCUCAAGAAUCAUUUGGAUAAUCUUGGAGAUCAAUUAUUCACUGGAGCCUGCACCUUUUCUCCAAAUCAAUGCACCAAAACUAAUAAAGAACAAAAGAACAAGGCACCCCAGGCUUUCACUGAGAUCUUUGAUCCACAGCCAAAUCUCUUCAGCCACUACGCCUCUGCAACCGCUAAAGAUGGAAUAAGUGUGAUAUGUUCAAGAAGAGGAGGAGAUUCAACAGUGGGAACACAUUGUGAAUGGCUGCCGACAGUUGCAUCAAAGCCUGACGCCAUUCAUUUCAACUUCAUUCCAAUCACUUCUCUUCUUCGAGGUGUCCCAGGCAGCGGCUUCUUGUCCCACGCCAUCAACCUCUACCUUCGUCAUAAGCCUCCAAUAGGCGACUUACAGUACUUCCUGGACUUUCAAGCCCAUAAAAUAUGGGCCCCGAUUCACAACGACCUCCCAUUGGGCCCCAAAUUGAAUAAGGCUUUUCAAACACCAUCUCUGAACUUCAACUUGAUGGGCCCAAAGCUAUAUGUCAACACAACUCAGGUUACUGCAGGAAACACACCCGUCACUGGCAUGCGGUUAUAUCUUGAGGGUAUCAAAUCUAACAGGUUAGGCAUACACCUUCAGCAGUUGGUGAACCCGCCGGUGCUUCUAGAAGGCAGGAUGGAGCUGCCGGGGAUGUGGCGGAGCACGGAGGAGACACCGGAUCACCACCGCUACCUGGAGCCAAUCCAGUGGAAGAAAUUCGCCAACGUGUGCACGGCCCCCGUGAAGUACGAUCCCCGGUGGGUGAAACCGGGGGACGAAGCCGCCUUUAUCGUGACCGGAGCCCAGCUCCACGUCACCAAGGACGUCCUCCACCUCCGCCUCCUCUACUCCAAGGUCUCCGCCGCUUACAUCGUCCACUCCAACUGGAUGCAAACCGCUUCCGCCAACCACUCCCUCAAGUCAGGGUUUUUCUCCUCCAUCAGCACCACCAUCACCGGCACUGCCGACAAGGAGAAGUCGGUGCCGGUGAUAGUUGACUCCGGCGUCUACCCUACUGGCCCACCUGCGGCAGCACAGACGCAGAAGCUGCAAAAGUUUGUGGACACGACACAGCUGUGUCGGGGGCCAUCAGAUAGCCCCGGGCAUUGGCUGGUCACCGGGGCCAAGCUGGAUGUCGAGCAAAGGAAGAUAUGUUUGCGGGUUAAGUUCGCUUUGCUGAACCUGUCAUCGCAAUGACCGAAGCCAAACACUGCAUUUGCAUCUGUAAAGAAAACCAUUUCUUCAUUCUUUUAUUACUGUCUAUGUUUAUAGUAAAAGAUAAAUAUGAAUA